AUGGAGGAGAUGGAGAGCGUGGAUGGUGUCUCAAAUGUAUAUGAGGAGAUCCUGGAGCAAAGGGAGCUAGACGGUGUCAAGGGCACCCCAGUGAAAGAUGUGGUUCUCAAAGCUGAUGCUCCCACUGUUCUAUUACUGGAUAAACAUUCUGAUUACAUUGCCUCAUAUGGAGCAAAGAAGGAUGAUUAUGAAUACUGCAUGUCAGAAUAUUUGAGGAUGAGUGGAAUCUAUUGGGGGCUGACCGUUAUGGACUUAAUGGGGCAACUGCAUCGCAUGAACAAAGAGGAAAUCCUACAGUUUGUCAAGUCAUGUCAGCAUGACUGUGGGGGAGUUGGAGCUAGUAUAGGCCAUGAUCCUCAUCUCCUUUAUACCCUGAGCGCUGUGCAGAUCCUCUCUCUCUAUGAUAGUCUUCAUGUCAUUGAUGUUAAUAAAGUUGUUGAAUAUGUUAAAGGCCUCCAACAAGAUGAUGGUUCCUUUGCUGGUGAUAAAUGGGGUGAAAUAGACACCAGGUUCUCCUUUUGUGCUGUAGCAACUCUUGCACUAUUGGGGAGACUUGAUGCCAUCAACCUAGAAUCAGCAGCCGAAUUUGUUUUAUCCUGUAUGAACUUUGAUGGAGGAUUUGGAUGUCGACCAGGUUCUGAAUCUCAUGCCGGGCAGAUCUAUUGCUGCACGGGGUUUCUGGCUAUUACAGGCCAGUUGCACCAGGUUAAUGCUGACUUGCUGGGUUGGUGGCUGUGUGAACGGCAGUUACCAUCUGGAGGCCUCAAUGGACGACCUGAGAAGUUACCCGAUGUUUGUUACUCAUGGUGGGUGCUGGCCUCUUUGAAAAUCAUUGGGCGAUUGCACUGGAUUGACAAAGAUAAAUUAAGCCGUUUUAUCUUGGCCUGUCAGGAUGAGGAGACUGGUGGAUUUGCAGAUCGGCCUGGAGAUGUGGUUGAUCCCUUCCACACUUUGUUUGGAGUGGCCGGCCUGUCCCUGAUGGGAGAUCAGCGGAUAAAGCCAGUUAACCCAGUGUUUUGCAUGCCAGAGGAUACCCUACGGAAAAUUGGCCUCCAGCCUGAACUACUGCACUAAAGGGAUUUGAAGGAUGACUUCUUGGUGCUGUUUGAAUGCUGUUGUGGACAGAUCAAAGUUUAACAAAGGGUACUUCAACACCCACCAUUUCACUUGGGGUUUGGCAAUAAUUUGUAGGUUUUAUCUGAUACAUGGAAUUGGUUUGUUAACGCUAUGGUUUCCACAGCAUACCAUUGCUACAAGGGAUUGAGAGGUGUAAUACUGCACUUCAUUUGUCACACACCAUCAGUCAUGGCAGCCAACUUCAUUCCAGCUGGUCUUAUUAUAAUAUAGUUGCUGGCUGACUUACACGAACAUCCUUUAUAAAUUGUUUUGUGUGAUAUAUAUUUAUAUAUCUCAUGUACACAAAUAUUAUUUAUAUGUACUUAAAUUUUAACCGUUAAUGAUCUAUGGAGGGGGGCUGGUGUUUGGACAAUGUUGCAUUUGGGUUGAGAUUCAGAAAUGAGUAAAUUGCUGUUAAAUUUCACAGGGCUCCUAAUGUAAAAGAAAGCUGCUAAAUUCAAGAUUGUGAAACUAAAUUGCAGGUUUUUUUCAAGUACAUUCUAUAUUUGCUUUCCAUGUAAAUUUUAAUAAUAGGUUUUAAUUUGUCAGAUAUCAGUCAAGCCUAGCUGUUGAACUCAGGUGGUCUUUCAAGCUCCCCAAGAACAUCUGCAGAUGAAUGGGUGAGGGAAUGUUUUAUCAGUUUUAGAAAAAGUCUUUAAAAAUUAGUGAAUCAGUGUGAAGAGUUGAAAUACUUCUUUUCUGAUUGUAUGCAGGAGGUAAACUUUACUCUGAAAUUCUGUCUAAAUGCUAACAUAGAAAAAUAGGAACAGGCACAGGUCCCUACAGUCCCGAGAGCCUGUUCCGCCAGUCACAAUCAUGGCUGAUCAUCUACCUCAAUGCCAUAUUCAUGUGCUAUGCCCAAAUCCCGUGGUAUCAUGAGUAAUGAAAACUUUACCAGUUUUUGUCUUGAGCAUACAUAAUGAUUGAGCUUUCACAGCGCUCUGGAGUAGAGAAUUCCAAGGAUUUUCAGCAAAGAAAUUCCUCCACAUCUCAGUCUAAAAUAGAUAACUUUUUUUGAGAGCCUGUGCGCCCUGGUUCUUGAAGCUCUCCGCCAGUCAGUGCAGAAACAUCCUUCCUGCAUUUACCCCUUAAGAAUUACAUUGUUUUUGAUGAUAUCACACUUAUUCUUCUACACUCCAGAGAGUUUAGGCCCAAUCUCCUCAGUCUCUCUCAACUGGACAGUUCCACCAUCUUUGGAUUCAUUCUAGGGAACCUCCACUAUUCUUCCUCUAUGGCAAGUAAAUCCAUCCUUAGGUAUGGGAACCAGAACUACACAAAAUACUCCAAAUACAGUCUCGCCAACAUUGUGUACGCUUGAAGAAAGACAUCUUUACUUCUGUCUUCAAAUUGUCUUGCAAUAUUGUCCAAUGCGCCAUUUGCCUUCAUAAAUACUUGCUAUGCCUGCAUAUUAGAUUUCAUAAUUUAUGUACAAGGACAUCCAGGUCCCUUUGAACAUCAACAGUUUCCAAUCUCUCAACAUUUAAAAAGUACUCUGCAUAUCCAUUCCUCCUCCUGAAGUGAAUAACCCAUCACUGUUCUUUACUGUAUUCCACCUGCUGUGUGUUGCCCACUCAGCCUGUCUAAAUGCCUUAAGGUCUCUUUGCAUUAUCGUUGCAAUACAUUUUCGUCACCAGUUUUGUAUCAUCUCCAGACUUGGAAAUAUUACGCUUACUCCCAAUAUCCAUUGUGAAUAGCUGAGUGCCCAAGCUCCGAUCCUUGUGAUACUGCACUUGUUACAGCCUGCCAACCAGAGAAUGAACCAUUUAUUCCUAAUGUUUUCUCCUCAUGAAGUAACCUCAACCCAUUCAGUAUAAUACAGCCUGUCCAUGCCUGUACAUUACCUCCAGUCCAUGCCUGUACAUUACCUCCAAUCCAUGCCAGUAUAUUACUCCCUAUCCCAUGUGCUCUAUUGCCCUCCUUUGUGGAACAUUAUCAGAGGUCUUCAGUCAUUCCAAAUAUGUCACAUCCACAAGUGAAUUUCCCCUAAUGUACUCUGUUAGCAGCAAUACAAUGAAAAUUGGUAGAAGGUACACCUUAUUUCAGCAACACACAAACAAAAUAUUGCAGAUGCUGGAAUUCUGAAAUAAAACCAGUAAAUGUUGAAAAUGCUUAGGUCUGGCAGCAUCCAUGCAGAGAGAAACCCAGUUAAUGUUUCAUGUCAAUAUUCAAGCUUUAAUAAUUUUGGAUAGUAUAGUUAAAUUUAUACUUCCCAGAGAUCAUCUAUAUCUUUGUAAUUAAAGCUGGUCUAUUGAGGUACCAUAACUGUGUUUAUAGUGUAGCCGCCUAUGAAAUUCUUUUUGUUGUUCUGCUCUUGGGUUUAAUGUUUUAGGGAAGCAAAUGUGGCAGCAGGUAGAGUUUAAAUGUAGCAGCUUAAAUGAUUUAAUUGAAAGGGCAAUAAAUGAAUCAAAGAGCUAUAGAACAUCAAACUGGAAGCAAAAUAGGAAAAGAUUGAAGUGUGCUGUGGGCAAGAACUGUGAAUGUCAUUUAAAGAACUGAAGUAAAAUCUAAAGCAGCAGAGAUAACUAAUUUAGAUGUAAUAUUAGUGUUGAGGGAAGAGACAAGGUUCUGCGGUUCACUGUUUUUUCUGGCCUGGGAAGAGAAGAUUUCUGAUUACACGGCCUUGAAACGAAUUAAAUGAUAAUAAUCUUCCCCCAUAAAUGUUUACAAUUAUUUCUUUAGAAGUAAGAACUCCUCACUUAAAGUUGUGAUUGUGUUGUUGAAAAAAUCAUGACUUCAAAGGAAAUGUUUAAGUGAAGCAUCGGUUCCCAUAGGAAACAAUAUUACAACUGGAAUUAGGUCCUGUACGUGGAGUUUAAAUUGCUGAAUGCCUGUAUUGGUAAAUAAAUAACCAUUAAAAUACAUUUUUCCAAUAUUAAAAUAAAAUGUUGUAUACAA